AUGUUUGGCAUUUCCUCGCAGUCUUUGGACUUGGACUGCAGCAGACCUCCUCCCCACAUGGACGUCUCCCCCCAAAAUCGCAGGGGGCUUGAUUUUUUCUUCUCCCCCCCCCACCUGCAAUUUGUAUUCACUCGAGAAAAAUGCAAAACAAAAAGAGCAGAUGAACUAUGAAUGCUGAAAAAAAUGAUCUCCCUCCACCGCCAGACAAUGAGGAGUCGUAGGCUGAAGGGGGCACUGUCCAACCCCCUUUUUGUGGUCCUCUUGGCCCUUCAGAUCUUGGUGGUGGCCGGGCUAGUCCGCGCGCAGACCUGUCCCUCCGUCUGCUCGUGCAGUAACCAGUUCAGCAAGGUCAUAUGCACCCGCCGCAGUCUACGGGACGUACCGGAUGGCAUCUCCACCAACACCCGUUACCUAAACCUCCAAGACAACCUCAUUCAGGUGAUCAAGGUGGAUAGUUUCAAACACCUGCGCCACCUGGAGAUUCUGCAGCUGAGCAAGAAUCACAUCCGCAGCAUUGAAAUCGGCGCCUUUAAUGGACUGGCCAGCCUAAACACACUGGAGCUCUUUGAUAAUCGACUCACGACAAUCCCCAACGGAGCAUUUGAGUAUUUGUCCAAGCUAAAGGAACUGUGGCUUCGGAACAACCCUAUCGAAAGUAUACCAUCUUAUGCCUUCAACCGGGUCCCCUCGCUCCGAAGACUGGACCUUGGUGAGCUUAAACGUCUCUCCUACAUUUCCGAUGGAGCUUUCAAAGACUUAAGCAAUCUGCGCUAUCUGAAUUUGGGAAUGUGCAACCUCAAGGAAAUCCCGAACAUCUUACCUCUAGUAAGACUUGAGGAACUGGAAAUGUCUGGAAAUCAGCUGUCGGUCGUCAAGCCGAGCGCAUUUACAGGACUUGUGAACCUCCAGAAGCUAUGGAUGAUGCAUGCCCAGAUUCAAACCAUUGAGAGGAAUUCCUUCGACGACUUGCAGUCUUUAGUGGAGCUGAACCUCGCCCACAACAACCUGACCUUGCUACCCCACGAUCUCUUCACGCCACUCCAUCGCAUGGAACGGGUCCACCUUCAUCACAACCCGUGGAAUUGCAACUGUGAUAUCCUGUGGCUCAGUUGGUGGCUGAAGGAGUCCGUACCUGCCAAUACCAGUUGCUGUGCCCGUUGCAACAGUCCGACGCUCUUCAAAGGACGCUACAUCGGGGAACUGGACCACAGUUAUUUCCAGUGUGACGUCCCCGUCAUAGUGGAGCCACCUACCGACUUAAAUGUGACAGAGGGCAUGGGCGCGGAGCUGAAAUGCCGUACAAGCUCCUUGACGUCUAUCAGCUGGUAUACACCGAAUGGCUCUCUGGUGACGCACGGGGCUUAUAAGGUGCGUCUGUCGGUGCUCAACGACGGAACGCUUAAUUUUACCAGCGUCACAAUGCAGGACACCGGGACGUACACUUGCAUGGUCAGCAACACAGCGGGCAACAUCUCCGCCUCCGCUGUGCUCAAUGUCACUUCCGUGGAAAACAGCGGGGUGACCUAUUUCACCACGGUCACAGUGGAGACCAUUGAGACCCCCGGCGAUGACAGCCACACGCCGCUCCCGCCCUUCGGCUGGGUGUCGUCCUCCACAACAAAAAGCACUCCUGUUUCGACAAGGACCACAGAGAGGACUUACACCAUUCCAGUUCUCGAUCUGGAUGGGGAACGAGCUCUCAACGGCCUGGAUGAGGUGAUGAAAACCACCAAGAUCAUCAUCGGCUGCUUUGUGGCCAUCACGCUCAUGGCCGCCGUUCUGCUGGUUAUUUUCUACAAAAUGAGGAAGCAGCAUAACCAGCAGGAUCCUGACGGCCCGGCCUCGUCUAUGGAGGUCAUUACUGUAGAAGAAGAGCUCGCGGGUGUUGCUGCUAUUGACAGACACCUAUCGCUGCCCCCACUGGAGCACUACAACCACUACAACACCUACAAGAGCACUUACCAUCACCCCUCUAUGCUCAGUACCAUACACAGCUCUACCACACAGGAACAUUUACUGAUUCAAGCCUGUUCUAAAGACAAUGUACAAGAGACCCAAAUCUGAGGUUGCAUUUAUCAGCAGUUUCGGACACCACCGAGAGGAUCAGUGUGAUGUUAACGCGGCACAGUUAAUGUCAAUAAAAGUGCUGAAUCAACGUUUGGCAAAGGGACCACUAAUGAUACUUUAUUAAGUGUCUUCAAAAAACAAAGAUUAUUUAUUGAAAAAGUAUGUCCGGUGACUAAUGAAAAACAAAUUGUGAUAGCUUUUUAGCUUGUUUUCUUUCUCUAUCUGUAAUGUCGCACAAGGAAAAGAAUGGUUUACUAAACGUGAAUAUGGAAUGUUGGCUUUCCACUGAAGUAAGUUUAAUAUCAUUGUUGGUUUUUUGUGAAGGGAUCGGUUUGACAUUUUUAAAGGGGAACUGCACAUUUUCCCCAUAAUGCCCAUCCUCCACAAUCCCUAUGUGAAACAUGAGUACAUGUCUUUCUCCUUACGUGCAUUCUAAAUAGUGAAAAACUGCUAGGACGGAGCGGCUAACAAUGCAGGUAAAUGGGGUUCAUU